UCAGGCUGUGAUUGGCUGAACCCAGCUGACUCUACUUGCUGCUCAUCCUCACAGUGUCAGAACAACGGAGACACAAAGAUGGAGAUAACUCACGCCGUUCACGGUUUUGUCAGGUCGCUGCUGUUUGUGCUGCUGUGGUCGCACUGCGAGGGCAGAGAGUCGGAGCUGAGCGGAGUCACCUGCGGCUCGCUGGUCAAACUGCUCAACACCAGACACAACGUCCGCCUGCAUUCCCACGAUGUCAAAUACGGCUCAGGCAGCGGACAGCAGUCUGUAACCGGAGUGGAGAACGCUGACGACGCAAACAGUUACUGGCAGAUACGAGGAAAGCCCAACCGCCCAUGUCAGCGUGGGUCAGCCAUCAAGUGUGGUCAGGCUAUCCGCAUCACACACAUGAAGACUGGCCGAAACCUUCACACACACCACUUCAGCUCACCUCUGUCUAACAACCAGGAGGUCAGCGCGUUUGGAGAGCAUGGCGAGGGCGAUGACCUUGAUGUGUGGACGGUGCAGUGUGACGGCGUCCAUUGGGAGCGCGACGAGGCCGUCCGCUUCAAACACAUGGGCACUGACGUCUUCCUGAGUGUAACGGGGGAGCAGUACGGUCACCCCAUCCGCGGCCAGCGCGAGGUGCACGGCAUGAGCACGCCCAACCAGCACAACUGGUGGCGCGCCAUGGAAGGUGUCUUCAUCCAGCCCAGCCAGGAGCCAAUGCGCCACGACGAGCUCUGACAUCACCAGGAGACACAAAGCAUGGACGUGUGUGCAGACUCUGGCCUCUGGUUCCUGUAGUGGUUUUAUAGCUCACCUGGACGAAAUGACGUCAUGUGUGAAUGAUGUAGAAUAUUUGACUCAUCACUCUCCAUGUGAAGCACUCUGAGCCCUCUGAUAGAGGGCUGACAAAAUUUGACAAUUAGUAACACUGUAUGUAGGGUAGCGGUAGGAGAAUUUCAAGGGGAGAAAUCAUUUUUGUGGAAAAUCAAGGCUGGAUAACCAACUUAGUAAAGCAACUACUAUGUGGCCUCAGACCCCUGGGGGGUCCUGAAAGCAACAAAUUCAUUGCGUGUCCAGAAAUAUACCCAUCUAAAGUACAAUAUCAUUUGAAAUGUGACAAAUAAAACCUUUAUUUCAGUUGA